CGCCGCCGCACGCAUCACACUAUAGCUCGUUGCGAACCGACACGACAGUCGUCGCGAAAGCACACACGCUGUCAGACGUCUCUUGGCAUUAAUAAGAACAAUUAUAAUACAGUCAAAUAAUUGUACGCGAUUCGCACAAAAAAAACGGCGGCGACAUAAUUUUAAUAUCGCGGCACGGCGACGGCGUCGUAUAACGGUAAGAGCAGAAGGAAUAUCAUUAUACAACGCAGACGGAGUGGACACUACACGACGACGCCGGAAGACGAUGUGCGUGGACAUUGUUGAAUUAUAGUGAUCGAUAUUAUUAUAACAUACGAUAUAUGGAACCCGGAGUAACGGACCACCGAAGACAUUCCAAAACGUUUCUUUUGGCGGAUAUGAGUGGUUGAACUUGGAAACUUUACACAAAAACACACACACGUCCGGCGCGAAUAGAAUACGAUUCGCGCACCCGUCUGCAAGAGGAGCAGCGACAGCCGACUUCUCCGCACGAUUACUUAUCAUCAGAUAACAAUAUGGCAGCUUAUCAAUGGAUAACAGCAUUAACGGUGUUCCAAUUGCUGACAAGCAGUUUUUGUCUGGAAAACGGUUUAGCUAGGACACCUCCUAUGGGAUGGUUAGCGUGGGAGAGAUUUAGAUGCAAUACUGAUUGCAAAAACGAUCCUGACAAUUGUAUAAGCGAGAAACUCUUUAGGACCAUGACAGACCUUGUGAUAUCCGAAGGGUACGCUGCUGUCGGCUAUGAGUACAUAAAUGUGGAUGACUGUUGGUUGGACUUUGCAAGGACGUACGACGGUAGACUACAGCCUGAUGCUAAACGGUUCCCCAGAGGAAUGGCUGACCUAUCCGAAUACAUUCAUUCACGAGGAUUGAAGUUCGGUAUUUAUGAAGAUUAUGGUAACUUCACAUGUGCUGGCUAUCCAGGAAUCUUGGGAUCUCUCGAAGUAGACGCGUUCACGUUCGCCGAAUGGAACGUAGAUUUCGUCAAACUGGAUGGCUGUUACUCGCUGCCCAAAGACAUGGACCAAGGUUAUAGUGAAUUCGGAUACCACCUGAACAAGACUGGCAGAGCCAUGGUAUACUCGUGCAGUUGGCCAGUUUACCAGACGUACGCAGGAUUACAACCCAACUAUUCGGCUAUAACAUCAAGAUGCAACUUAUGGAGAAACUUUGACGAUAUCCAAGACUCGUGGGCUAGCGUGGAGAGCAUCAUCGAUUACUACGGCGACAACCAAGACGUCAUUGCGGCCAACGCAGCUCCCGGACAUUGGAACGAUCCGGACAUGUUGAUCAUUGGAAACUUUGGUUUGAGCUACGAACAGAGUAAGGUGCAGAUGGCCAUAUGGGCCAUACUCGCCGCUCCGCUGCUCAUGUCAGUCGACUUGAGGACCAUUAGACCCGAGUACAAAGCGAUUUUACAAAACAAAAAAAUCAUAGCCAUCGAUCAAGAUAAAUUGGGAAUUCAGGGCCGCAGGAUUUACAAGCACAAAGGCAUCGAAAUAUGGGCCCGGCCGGUUACACCGAUUUUCGAGAACUACUUCUCGUACGCACUCGCCUUCGUCAACCGCAGGACUGACGGUACGCCGUCCGACGUGGCUGUGGCGUUGCAUGAAAUGGGUCUGCUGUCACCCACAGGAUACAGAAUACAAGAUUUGUACGAAGAUGUCGACUACGGAGUACUGUCUCCACAGACAAAGAUCAAGGUCAAAGUGAAUCCCACCGGUGUGGUCAUAUUGAAAGCUGAUGUCCAACAGAACUUGAUAAAGCAAAACUUCUACAAACCUUACAACCCAUUCACGCAAGUCUAUCCGCUAAGGACGAUCAACGAUUUUGUGAAAAAAUGAAACCCAAAUCAUACUGACGAGACACGCUGAUUCAGCAAUAAUAUCAAAAACAAAAAAAAUAAAAACUAUCAUCGCUGACGUAAGAAUAAGAAUACGGAAUGGAAUGGAGCAUAAAAUUCAACGGGAUGGAAUUUUCUAACCGCUGUAAAUUAUUGCUGCUGUUGCCCGAAGGUGUACAUGUUAAUAUAAUUUUAUUGUAAAAACAAAAAAAUAAAAAAUUAUAUAUAUUUAUAAAA